AUUUCCGCUUAGCUGACUCAAAUGACGCAAACAUUUUUCGCUGAGAUUCGAUGUGAACUGCUUCGGCUCGCAAGCCCCAAGCGACCGUUUUAGGCAUUGUUAAGGAGCGGGUUCCCUAGAUAGGUUUUAUACACUUUGAACAUAUUUACAGCCCGCAAUUAUUUCCAGCAUUUUAUUUUUAUAUCUCUGGGCUGACAGUUGAUUUUCAAUUUUUCGAUGAUUUGUUCGUACCAAUGGCAAUCAAAGCCCCAAUUGUUACGCCUUGGGGCAUUGGGCGGGCUUAGGCUCCAUAGGUAUCAGGCUCCUAUCUGGUUCCAGACAGCUUCCUAGCCUCUUUCAGCUUUUAGAGAGCGCUUUGUUUUUAUUGCAAAGUGAACGCUUCCGUUUCCGCUAGUCUUGACCCUCUCUCUCUCUCUCUCUCUCUCUCUCUUUCUCUCUUUCUCGCUGUUGUGAUUCUCGUUCCUUACUCCAUCUCAUUCGCACACCGUCGGUGUCGAUGUCGUUGUCGUUGUGGUUGUUGCUGUUGCCGUCGUCGUCUACGGCUUGCCAUUUAAAUUACAUGGCUUCGACAUGGUAAAGGGCCCGCAUUCAUUCAUGAGCUCGUCCCGCCAGCUAUUUUUACACGCAAUUUCUUUGACUCUGUCGCCUUUGUUCGCUUUCUUUACUUACACAAAUGAAACUAGAAUCUCAUUGCGGAUCCUUGAAGGCCCACACACGCAACAACAAUCAUUGGCAUCCGUCAGAGCAAAACUAUGAUAACAAGACUAUACAACACCGAAGAGGAUCCCGCCUAUUGCUCAUUCAUCUGGGGCGCGAAUCUCACCAGCAGCAAUGACCUCGUCCUGGGCACCACCGCCAAUUCGACCCACAUUUAUGCCAACGACUUGCGAGACGACUUAUAUGCGGACGUGGAGGAUCCGCGCACCGAAUCUCUACGCGAAUACUGCUACGGCCUCAUGUUGCCCAUCAUCUGCGCCCUGGGCAUCAUUGGCAAUGUGCUCAACCUAAUUGUCCUCACCCGUCGCAAUAUGCGCGGCACCGCCUACAUCUACAUGCGAGCCUACUCCACGGCCGCACUGCUUGCCAUUGUCUUUGCCAUACCCUUUGGCAUACGCAUGUUGGUGCACAAGGAUCGCGGACAGUGGGAGGAAUUUGGACCGGCAUUCUAUACGGCACACUUGGAGCUUUUCCUUGGCAAUGGUUGUUUGGGCGUUGGUGUGAUGAUGCUAUUGGUGCUGACCAUCGAGCGGUAUGUGUCCGUCUGUCAUCCGGGAUUUACUCGACCCGUGAUGGGUCCACCAGGCGUGGUUGUCUUUCUCACCUGUUUCGCAACAUUCAUCAUCUACUUGCCGAGCAUCUUCCGAGGCGAACUGAUCAAAUGCAUGCUGACAUCGAACAACGUUUACGUGUACUUACGGCGGGACAACAACAUCUAUCAGCGCACCAUCUUCUACUCGGUGUACAAGAUAAUGCUGGAGGUGAUAUUCAAGCUGAUACCGACGGUUUUGAUAGCGGGCCUCAAUUUGCGAAUCAUGUUGGUUUAUCGUCGCACUUGCGAGCGGCGCCGCCAAAUGGUCCUAACCAGGGCGAACUAUGUGAAGGACGACGAUCCUCGUAAGUUUGCGGAAGAGCGACGUCUGUUUCUGCUGCUAGGCAGCACAUCGAUUCUGUUCCUACUCUGCGUCUCGCCCAUGGCCAUACUACAUAUGACAAUUGCAUCGGAAGUGUUGCCCAGCUUUCCGUUUCAGGUGUUUCGGGCGCUGGCCAAUCUGCUGGAGUUGAUCAACUAUUCGAUAACGUUCUAUAUUUACUGUCUGUUCAGUGAGGACUUUCGCAACACUCUGAUGCGCACCAUCAAGUGGCCGUGGCUGAAGAGCAAGCUGUGCCACCAGGUGGAUGAGACACAGACCAUAAAGGGCGUUCCAAUGGUACGAUUCGAUAAGGUGACUUUGCGUAAUCAUCACAUUACCACCACAUCUGGCAUUGGACGUUCGAGCAGCAUAUAGUCCAGGCUAACGCCUCCUCCUACGCCCGUCGCCACGCCAACGCCCACGACCAUGCCCACAACCAUGCCUACGUCCAUCUCCAAGUCAAACUAAAUCGAUCCCCAUCCCGAACUGCCUUUUAGAAUGCUAAAUGUGUUCGAAUUGAACAUAAGUUCCGGUGCUUUUUCGCCAUAUAUAUGUAACUCUAAAUGCCGGAAUACCCCCAACAUUUGCCACAUACGUAAACCUAGCUACACUUCUAGAAACCCACAUUGAGCCAAUGAGGAGAUGUGUUCAGAGCCCCUUACUGCAGUAUACGAUAUAUAUCUGAUCGAUCAGAUGACACUGGAAUAAUUAUGCUUGUAAUUGCCCCAAGUCAACUCGACCAUUUCAAUAUAUCUUAUGAUUUUUGUUUUUUUUUUUUUCAUUUUAGGAUGGGGCUCUUAUCUAUAUUAAUGUGCAUUCAUGCAUUUAUUACUUAUAUACGAAUAUUAUUGGUGUUGUUCAAGGUUUAUGCUAGAAAAAAACAUUUUAGAAAACUGAAGCAAAUAUACCAAAUAUGCAUACUACAUAUAUCUAUAGCAUAUAUCUUAUAUAUGUUUAGAUUGAAUAUUCAUUACAGGUUAUAAAAUUGCAAGCAAAAGAAUUUAGACAUUGAUCGCCAACUGAGCUGAGGCUGUCCGGCCUUGACCAGUUAUGGCAAGAUCGAUUAGUAGACGAACAAUUUUGGAGUUAAGGUGAAUAAACUGAGGAACUGAAGAGAGCUUAGAGCAGCUGCAUGAGCAGAAAAAAUAAACAUACGGAAGUCAGUUCUUGCGAGGCGAACAGAAAAGAUGAGAGAGUAUUAUGAUAGAGCUCGCGACCCUUUAGUUUUUAGAGCAUAAGCAAGAGCUUAGCUAAAAAAUAAAGGCAGCGGACGAUAAAGUAUCAAUAUGCAUUUAAAUGGUCGUCAUAGUAUUUCAAUACAUAAACAUAAACAAAAACUUAAAUAAUAUUACAUAUUUUUGUGUGUCACAGUUUCAAAUCGAUAUAAUGAAUUACCCCUCAUAAUGAAACACAAUAUAAACGAUAUGUGUGUGUAUGUACUUCUAUGUGGCCAUAUAGAUGUACGAAUAGUCUAGUUUUAGAUGCAUUUCAAUGACAGCAGAACAGACAGAAUUGAUCAACAUAGAACGAUUUAUCGAUGAUAUUUAUGUAAACUGGUGUAUUUAUAUAUACUACAAACACAAGUAAACACAAUAUAUUUAUAUAUACGUAUAUGUAUCUAUUGAUUGUAGUAUUUAAGUGCGUGCAAGUGGAUUUCCUGAUUUCGAUUUUUUGUGGCACACUGAAAACUUUCGUCAGACGAAACUGUUGCAAAAUAAUAUAUUGUUAAACUAAUUUUAAUAUUUGUAUGCUAUUACAUUAAGUUAUAUUUAUGUCUAGUUGAUAGAAAUCGAACACAUUGAGUGCAUUUACAUACUAAUUGUGAGGGGGUCUAAUCAGGCGAUCAGGCGAUCAGGCGAUCAAACGAUUCGCGAUGAGAAUCCUUUAUAAGUAGCUAUCCUGUUAUAGACCAUCUCUAGUAAGACUUGAUUUACCAACAAUUUUAAUUAGUUCACUAAUGAAGGUACCAUAUGUACGCUAGAAAUCCCCAACACUUGCAGCACUCGUAGAAAACUUCAAGAUAAAUGUGUGUACCUAUAAAAUAACUGUGCAAAAUGUUGUCUACGUGCAAGUAACUAAAACAGAACCUACUAUACAAGAAACCAUAUAUACAUAUAUAUGUCUACAAUAUGCUUAACAACAGUAUUUAUUGUGAAGUCAGAUAAUAUUCCGACUAGGCAGCAGCAUAGAUGAGAUAUUGAUGCGAAGAAUUAUAUGCAAACUAUGAAUUCGAAUUU